UGUUGACAUCUUGACUAAUUUGAGAGUGAUAGAGUAAAACACGUAAUUUUCUCCCUUUACAAAAAAUUGAAAACAGUGAUAUGGCUCCUCCGUCUUUACCUGCUUUACCUUCUAACCUAAAAAGCAUUCAACAUUAUCUUAAAAUCGCCAUGGAUUACGAAACCAGAGAUCCUCCUAUUAGUUACUGGUGUCGAUUACAUGCUCUUCAAACAGGACUUAAUAUUAAAAAAGAUAAAGAAGACUUGUCAUUUUUACUUUCUCUGAUGGAUUGGUUGGAAAAAACAAAGCAGGAAAUGAAAGUCCAUGAGACUGUCUCGGAUGAAAUUGUUGCCCAAGCUCACAUGGAAAAUGUUGCUGUCAAGUUAUUCAAUUGGGCAGAUACUGAAGAUCGCCACAAGCAUUACAACAAAAAUGUUGUCAAAGCCUUCUACUCUGCUGGGAUGCUGUUUGAUGUAUGUGCUGUUUUUGGUGAACUAAAUGAAGAUGUGGCUCAGCAGAAGAAGUAUGCUAAAUGGCGUGCAGCACAUCUACACAAUUGCUUGAAUUCUGGGGAAGAACCAUCAGAGCCAGCACCAAAGCCAGAUGACCAAGUGAUAAAUGAUUCAGAUAACCUGGAGUAUGGAUUUUCAUCAGACGUGAAACCAGCAGAACCAGCUGGUCAUUCCUAUGCCCACGAUGUCGUUCGACCAUCAAUUAACGUUCAACCGAAACCAGUGACUCCACCUUCUUCAGUUCCCACAUACGUUCAAGAAAGUAGCAGCGUUCUAGUCACACCCGAACAAAUAGUUCAAGCGCAAAAACAUUGCAAAUACGCGUCUAGUGCUUUGACUUAUGAAGAUGUGCCUACUGCUAUCGAUAAUUUGCAGAAAGCACUUCGUGUUCUUCAAGCGGGUCAGCAGUCCUAGAUAAGAGUAGCAACAUCUGCGAGGGUAUUAUUUUUUGUUUGUAAACUUCCUCAUCUAUUCGAUAAUUUAUCAAUAAAAUUUAGACUAUUCCA